UUUCAGGAUGCUGCCGACAAGUUCAAAUAAUGAGGAAAAUAGGAAACCAGAAAACUCAUUUCCUCCCACUCACUUUGACACUUGGGAACGACUGAGUGAUUACCAAAAACCUAGCUCAAGUACAACGGAUGAUGCUUAUGGAAAGCCAGUUGCAAAGAUAUCCCCAACAGCAUCUAUUGAUGAAAGGGAAACUGGUAUCAUCGGCUCAACACUGAGACAAGAUUCAACGGAUUCAGAUUCAACGGGCUCUAGCAAUAUGAACCCAUAUGAUAGACUUGAUAAAGAAGUGAUUAGUAAAAAGAAUGCGCACACAAAUUCAUAUCGGAAUGACGUUGAUGAACUCGAAGGAUCCCUGAGAACGUUAGGACUACAGAAGGUCAAUGCGCCGACAAUUUCUUCCUUCUCCGCUUGGAAAUCACAAUCUUCGGCUCUUCCUGCCCCCAGCUCAUCUGAAACGAGUAAAAUUGUGAAAGCAGAAAUUAAAGCUCCACAACAGCCUAUGUCACUGAACCCGAAUUAUUUCGAUGUCAUGCGAGAGAUGGAGAAGAGUAUGAAUAUAUUCACAAAACUGUUCAGAGGAAGCCAAAUUCGCAACAAGAAUGAUCUACCAUCAGGACGACAUCUUGUCAACUACAGGCAAAAUCACGCGUUCGACUUUGCAGCCAUGUCACAUAUUUGGAAAGAAAACAAGAUGGAGAACCUUCCAAAGUUACCACAUCGAGCCAAUCUUGUGAUGACACUUCCAAGUUCUCGUGUACGUAACUCGAAGAUUUGUGCAUUCUAUCGAGUAUUGGAGAAAAAGGAGGACAAGUACAUUUUGGUGGCUUGUCAUGUGAAUAUACAUGGAUUUCAUAGAGGAGAUCUUCGAUUCGUGGAAGUCAAUAAUAGAACUGUGUUGAAGGGAUUUGAGCGAUCAAGUGUCAUUGGACACCUCUUCCUUGGAGAUAUUCUUACGGUUACUGAACUCACCAGAUGUAAUGAAACAGUUUCGAACGUCGCCAGUUCAGUUGAGGAUGCUUCUCCAGAUGCUCCAUGUCAGUGGAUGGCAAGCAAAGUUGUCCUCUUUCCUCGCCAUGAGCCCGUAAAUGUUCAAUUCAAAUUCACCUGCAAUGGUAUGGCUUCUGUAGUUUCGACGAAUGAGCCAAUGAGUGUUAUUCUGAACAAUUUGACGGAAGCAAAGACUAAUGUAGAAUAUACGGGAAUUGCAUUCAAGUCUGCAAGUUAUACAGUUCAUACGGAGGAUUAUACUAAAAAGUGGUACGAGAGAAUCCAAGAAGAAAUAUCAAACAUCAUGAUAUAUCCAAAAGCGCUCAGUACAAUUUAUCAGUAUGAAGAGUACACACCAAACUUUGUUGUUGAAAAGCAAGAGCAAGAGGAACAUCCUUACCAGCAAGACCUCGAAGACCUUGACCUAUAUCGACAGCAUGAGAUGCAAACAAACGUUUUUACAAAGUUUUUCGAUAUUGGAAAAAGCGAAAAGAGGAAGUUUGGGCCUGGAAAAAGUAUUUCUAAUUGUCGGCACUCGGAUGCUAUUGAUUUCGCAGCCAUGUCAUAUAUCUGGAAGAAUAUUCGUCAACAGCAUCUCCCGAAACUGCCAAAGCUACCAAACAUGGUGUUACCACUUCCAACCUCUAUGCCAUUAGACUCAGAAAUUUGUGCAUUUUAUCGUGUUUUGGUCGAGAACAAGUCCAAGUAUAUAUUGAUUGCCUGUCAUAUGAAUGUACAUGGAUAUCAUCGAGGAGAUCUUCGAUUUUUGGAAAUCAACGAAAGCACCAAAUUAUAUGGAUUUGAAGGAAGAAGUGUCAUUGGUCAACUUUUCCUUGGAGAUAUUGUUGCGGUAACUGAGCUUGCAAGAUGUAAUGGUCACGGAUCUGAUGCCUUCAAGAUUCCUUUCGACGUUUCUAUGUCAUCACAAAACACAUGUACCUGGAUGGCAAGCAAAAUUACUCUUCCCUCAAGACCUCCACCGGCAUCAGUUUUGUUUUCUUUUAUGAAAAAUCGGAUGGCAGUGGUGAAAGGAUGUGAUGAGCCGAUGAAUGUGGAGGUGAAAAGCAUUCAGAACGUUGAGCCGGAUCUUAUCUACAAAGGAACUGCGUUCAAACCUGAGAAACCCGAACUUAACUUCACAGAAGGUUUCAUUAAAAAGAAGAGGCAUCAAAUUGGUUCAAUCACUUUGAGAAUUGCCAGUUAUCCGAAUUCAUUCGGAACGAUUUAUAACUUUCAAGAAUCUGAUAUUGACAAUGAACACUACAAAAUUGGAAUCAAUGCAUUUUCGGAAGAGAAGUUCACAGAAAUUUCUCUUGAUGAGAGGGAAAAAAUUGUCGAGACUUGCUCACUGAUGGGAUUCAGCGCUGCUAAUACGAUUUUCAACGGAAGAUUCGAUUGUCGAGCUUUUAAAAUGGAAGAAAUCAAGAAAAAUGGUAUGACCGUAAUGUUCUGCAUUGAAAAUCCAACCAGUCAACCAACACUUGGCCUCUGGUGUGCGGGAAAUCGAAUUGUGAUCGGAGGACCGAAUGGUGAUGUGAAUGGUGCUAUUGAAACAGUCAUUGAUGAUCCGGAUAUUGGUUACUUAAGAAUCGCAGCUAGAUUAUCAAGAGAUAUCCCGAAGAAGUUCAGUUUUAAAGGCGACGGAGAGUUUUUCGUUUCACAGAGGGAAGUAUUUGAGAACGAAAUUCUCGAUGAUGGAUACUUCAAAACAUUAGAUCCAGGAUGUAAUGGAAGAAGAAUAAUCGAGACAUUGUACGGAGGAAAGCCAUUGGAACGAGUUGUUGUAGACAAACGCGAUUCUUCAAUUGAACGGAUGAUGAGUCAGUUGUUUGGUGUAGGUUCGGGCAUCAGUGAACAUAAAACAUCAGGAAAAAAGUCCGAAGACACCCCAACUCAAUUCUACUUCCCAAGUACUCCAGAACCAUUGGCUCUCAACAAAUAUCAAUGUGAAUAUGUUCAAAUGCUUCUUGAUGGUAACCCUUUGAUCAUUGGAUCUUCUCCCUUCGGAUGUGGUAAAUCAAUGACAAUUAUCACUGCGGCUCUUGAAUUAUACAAGUUGAAAAAGAAUCGAAAGCAGCUACUAAUAACUCAGAGCAAUUAUGCAAGUGUUAACUUGAUUGAUAUUGCACAACGGGUUUGUCUGAGUGGAGAUGAUGAUUUGAAAGACUUGAAGUUUGUGCGUUUUGUGUCGGAAAAGAAUUGGAAUGAGCUACCAUCAAACUGCCGAACCGACUCUGAUAUGCCGUAUCUUAUGAAUAAACUGUUCAAAGACUGGGCAAUGGGAAGAAUUGAUCUGACGAAUUUGACAUGUUUAAAGACCCAUCAUUACGUUCAAAUGGUCUCCCACAUUAUAAAAAAUGAUCUGGUCAAUCCGAUGCUCUUUGGUGAUCACAUCGCACAAAUUUACGACAAACUCUCCGCAGAUUUUUCCAGGGCUCCGCAUGCUCAGACGCUUGUGGAAGCAUUUUUCAUGAUCUAUAAGCCGGACUUGGUAAUGGUCACAGCAGACUCUGCAAAAGGUUUGCUGAAUAUUUUGCGAGAUGUCUGUGCUGUUCAAAUUGAUGAAGCAAGUCAACUGGCAGAAUGCACACUUUUGGGAUUGCUCAAAUCGUUCAACAAUGCAAGCUUUGGAUUGAUCGGAGACAUUCAUCAACUGCCACCAUAUUGUGAAGAAGGUUUGGAAGGAAAACUAAAAGAUUUUGGAAUUGGAAAUACUAUGGAACGAGCUAUUAAGGAGAAAAUGUUUCCGGUGUGCACCCUUCGAAACGUUUACCGAUGUCAUCCAAAGACUACUGAGCUGCUCAGUGAGCUAUUUUAUGAUGGUGCACUUGUUUCUGGAGUUAGUGAGCUUGCAAGAAGUGAUUUCAUGACAAAGAGAGAUGAUUUCUGGCCUAAUCCCAAGUUUCCCAUGAUGUUUGUGAACAAUACGGGUGCAUCUACAAAAAUGGGAACAUCUACGAGUAACUCAUCGGAGAAAUCAAUUGUUGGAGAAAUAGUACAAAAUCUUAUCAAUGAUCCUCGCAACCCAGUCAAUCCAAGUGACAUUGGAGUGAUCUCAUUCUACAGUGCUCAAACUUCGAUUCUCACUGAGCAUCUACGUGGAAGCGGUGUCAAGUGCGGUACGGUCGACGCGUUCCAAGGAUCUGAAAAGGAGAUCAUCAUCAUGUGCAGCACGAACGAACGGAUCUCGGACUUUAUGCAGCUAAGUAAUCGCUUGAACGUUGCAAUGUCCCGUGCGAAGCAGGUCACAAUCAUUAUUGGUCAUUUGGAUGGAUUGAGAAGAGCCAAUUAUUGGAGCACAAUUGUGAACAAAAUUGAGCAAAAUGGGAAUUUGGUUAAUGCAAAUGACUGGUAUCAAAAUCAACGAAGAAAUAAGGUAUCAUUGUCAUCGUAUCCACUAAUUUCAACAUCACGACAAUCGAAACAACAACGUGCCAAUGAAUAUAAUUCACAACACAAACACGUUAAAAGACAAAGUAACAAUGAUUACGGUAGCCAACGGAGCGUGACUAACUCAUUGAAUCCAGAAUUUGUUGGGAAAUGGGAUGACGAGACGUAUGGAGAUUGGCCCACCAUCCAGAAAUCAACAUAAAUAUCCAAUUUUAGUCUUCUACUAGUUGUUUUUACCGUUUGUAUUCAUAUCAAAUUUUCAUGAUGAUCUUUUGUUUCCAUCUCCAAGCUUUCACUUUUUGGUUGUUUUAAUUUUUUUUUUCUGUUGAAAUUGAGUGUUUUUUUUCUGUUGAAAUUGAGUGUUCCAUUUUUAUAUGAAAUGGAUUUUGUCUGUCUUGGAAAUUCUUUUGAAGACAUUGAAUCACAGAAGAAUGUUUAAACAUUUUCAGAAAUUGUACGGAAAAAGUUGGGACCAAGAGAAUUAUGGUAAAAUAAAACUUGUAAUAUGUAUUACAAUUUAGAAAUAAAAAACUAUAAAUUU